AUGUGCUACCCCGCUGCUCUUGCUACUUCUACCUCUCAAAGCUGCCGCUCCAGACCUUGGUUUCUGACCUGUGGGUCUCCAGCUGUUUCAGGCCCCUGGUUCAACCUAUAUCAGUCUCCAACAUCUGCUAGCCCUAUAGAAAGAGGGGCUGGGCAGCGCGCUCUGAGGAUUCAUGGCCCUGUGCGGGUCCCCAUUGUGACCUCGCGCGGGCCCCCCCUGGGGACUUGUCGGCCAGAGCCAGGACCAGCGCCUUCGCCGGAGAGCAGCACGGGGGCCUGGCCCAAGCGCACCCGGUGUAGUGUCUUUGCCCCUCCUCCUCCCUGGCCCCUCUCCCAGCAGCCCAUCAAUCAGUCGGUUAGUCCACCUGGCCCACCUGAAGCCCCGCCUCCUCCGCCCUCCUCUUCCGUACGGCCUGGUCGCCCUCUCCCCGUCGCGUCAGGAGGGAGACGGAGCUCAGUCCCCUCGGCGCGCCUCAUUCCCGCGGCUUGUAAGGGGCGGGGCCUCGGGCCUGGGCCUGACGCUCCGCCGCCGUCCCGGCGUGCCCCGCGUUGGCCAGCGAGAAGCUAUUCGGUGACUCACCAGCCGCCCUCUCGCACUCUCCUUCCCCCUCCUCUCCCUCUCGCACUCACACACACCCGGCCCGAGAUGGCGGCGGCGGCGGGGGACUCGGACUCCUGGGACGCGGACACGUUCUCGGUGGAGGAGCCGGUGCGGAAGGCGGGGGGCGCGGCCGGCGGGGACCGCUGGGAGGGCGAGGAUGAGGAUGACGACGUCAAGGAAAACUGGGAUGAUGAUGAUGAAGAAAAAAAAGAGGAGACAGAGGUAAAACCAGAAACAAAAGUUUCAGAAAAGAAGAAAAUAGCAGAGAAAAUCAAAGAGAAAGAACGGCAACAGAAGAAAAGACAAGAAGAAAUUAAGAAAAGGUUGGAAGAGCCUGAAGAAUCUAAAGAGCUUACACCAGAAGAACAAUUAGCAGAUAAACUACGGCUGAAGAAAUUACAGGAAGAGGCAGACCUGGAAUUAGCAAAAGAAACCUUUGGUGUUAAUAACACAAUCUGUGGUAUAGAUGCCAUGAACCCCUCUUCAAGAGAUGACUUCACAGAGUUUGGCAAGUUACUAAAAGAUAAAAUUACACAGUAUGAAAAAUCUCUAUAUUAUGCCAGUUUCUUGGAAGCAUUAGUUCGAGAUGUGUGUAUUUCACUGGAAAUUGAUGACUUGAAAAAGAUCACCAAUUCAUUGACAGUGCUAUGCAGUGAAAAACAGAAACAAGAAAAGCAAAGCAAAGCCAAAAAGAAGAAGAAAGGUGUGGUUCCUGGAGGGGGAUUAAAGGCUACAAUGAAAGAUGAUCUUGCAGACUAUGGUGGCUAUGAUGGAGGAUAUGUGCAAGACUUUGAAGACUUCAUGUGACAUUUCAUCUUCUCCCCAUUGUCUUCUUCUGUUGCCCACAGUCCCUUGAACAUGUAGCACAACUUCCUUUCCUUUCAGUUCUGCCAAAUGCUACAAUCAAAAGUGCAGUAUCUUUGUGCUGGUUACUUAACCCCUUGACACUUAGGUGCUAAUGCAAUGGGGAACUUAGUUCUUGUUGCCAAGGGGUUAAAAUCGGGAAAACUCAGUUGCUACUAAAUCACAGUAAAAGAAAUCCUAAUAAUGUUGUCAUUGUUGCUAUCUGGUUCCAGGCAGCAGAGUCACUAAAUUGGAAACAAUAGUUGCAAUGUGACAAAAAAAAGUAGUAUUUACCAGCACCAUUCAAUAAUACAGCCUUAACCAUACCUCCUCGAACUACUUCAUAUCUUGUCAACAAAAGCAGUUUGCAACAAGGGCAUGUGGGUGUGCACCUAGUAUUAAAAUGGCUUUGUCUUAAGGUAGAGCGUGAGGAUUUUAAAAAUACAUUGCAAAGAAGACUGCUUAUUUCAGAGUAAGGAUACUGUGCCUCAAAUGGCUACUUGUUCGACAUUUUAAAAAAUUAAAUGACCAAAAACCACCAACCUUGAAGCCGCAGAGGUAAUGUCUCCAUUAUCGCAUUUGACAAAAUCCAACUUGUGGUAUUUCGAGUGUAUAAACAGUCUAGUUUAUAUUUACCGGAAUAUUUCUACUGAUGCAGCUCUUAAGAGGAGGGAAAUUCUUGACCUGUUUUAUUUGCCUGAUUGAAAAUAUCUGAGAAACAAAACUUUCUUUGUUCUCCUAGGCUGAAACAACAACUUUCACAGGGUUUUGGCAUUUCCUUUCCUUUACAAACAUGCUUAGCAAACUGCAACAGUUACUACAGUUUGGUAAAUUGUUAUGUUAACAAUUAUGACAUCUGCAAUGUUUUAUAAAGCAACUAAUUUAAUAAAAAUCACUAUUGUGAGGACUUCA